AAACCUAGCUGGACUGGACGCUACUACGUUUAAAUUUUUUAUCGUUUUUAUUUAUUUGACUUUACUGACUAGUAAUUAUUAGGUUUCUUAUACUAUUUUAAAACAAUAUAAUACUAUUAUAAAGCUCAUGGAAAAAUCUGAUAGUUUGCUUUAACUAUAUAAAAAACCGCAGGGCAGAAGAUCUAGGUAGGUGCGGCAAUAGCACAGGCAAGAUAGGGAGUUUCAGGCCUUCAUACAAAGUUUGCUGUGGCUCCAGCAGUCAUAUGACAGGAAGUCACAAGAUCUUGGGUUGUCUCAGAGAUACGUUUCUGUCAGAAGAUCAAGUCUAUUCUUCUGUCAUCUUUUCGUUUUUCACAUUGUAAGUUGGAUCAUGGCUAGCCAAACUCAAGGUAUUCAACAGCUGUUGGCUGCUGAAAAAAAAGCUGCAGACAAAGUGGCUGAAGCCAGAAAAAGGAAAGCACGUAGACUGAAGCAAGCAAAAGAGGAAGCCCAAUCUGAAAUUGAAGCAUACCGUUUAGAGAGAGAAAAGCAAUUCAAAGAAUUUGAAUCCAAGCAUUUGGGAUCUCGAGAUGACGUUGCAGCAAAGAUUGAUAAAGAUAUGAAGAUGAAAUUAGAUGUCAUCAAUCGAUGCAUGGCUUCUAAUAAAGAACUUGUAAUUCAGCAGAUCAUGAGCUAUGUCUAUGAGAUUAAGCCAGCCAUUCACAAGAACAUCCGUCUAGACUAAGCACACAUUCCACAUUAACUGAAGGGGAAAUUCUGUAUUAGUUAAUUGUGCUACACCUUUAGCAUGUUUGUUUGGUGAGUGUUUAUAUUACUAUAAAAAAUUUGUUUUUGACAUAAAUGUCCAAAUCAUUUCGAGUAUCAAUAAAAAGAAAUCUAGUAGUCAA